AUGGCCGCUCCAGAAAUGGUGGAGGUGGAGGUGGAGCCCGCCGGCCCGCGAGGUCCUGAGAUAGUCACCGUGGGGGAAAAUGACCCGCCCGCGGCCGAAGCCCCCUUCUCCUUCCGGUCGCUUUUUGGCCUUGAUGAUUUGAAAAUAAAUCCUGUUGUGCCAGACGCCGACGCCGUGGCUGCUCAGAUCUUGUCUCUGCUGCCCCUGAAGUUUUUUCCAGUCAUCGUCGUGGGGCUCAUCGCGCUGAUCCUGGCUCUGGCCAUUGGGCUGGGCGUCCACUUCGACUGCUCGGGGAAGUACCGGUGCCGCUCGUCGUUCAGGUGCAUCGAGCUGACGGCGCGCUGCGACGGCGUCUCGGACUGCGGGGACGGCGAGGACGAGUUCCGAUGCGUCCGGGUGAGCGGCCGCAGCGCGGCGCUGCAGGUGUUCGCCGGCGCCGCGUGGAGGACCCUGUGCGCGGACGACUGGAAAGGCCGCUACGCCGCCCUCGCCUGCGCCCAGCUGGGCUUUCCCGGCUCCGUGAGCUCAGACAGCCUGCGGGUGGACACGCUGGAGGAGCCGCUCCGGGGCGACUUCGUGUCCAUCAAUCACCUCCUGCCGGACGACAAGGUGACCGCCCUGCACCGCGCCGUGUACCUGAGGGAGGGAUGCGCUUCCGGUCACGUGGUCACUGUAAAGUGCACUGUCUGCGGUCAGAGGGCGGGGUACCGCCCCCGCAUCGUCGGGGGCAACAUGUCCUCGCCGGCCCAGUGGCCCUGGCAGGUCAGCCUUCAGUUCCAGGGCUAUCACCUGUGUGGAGGCUCCGUCAUCACCCCCGUGUGGAUCGUCACCGCCGCGCACUGUGUCUACGACCUCUACCUCCCCAAGUCAUGGACCGUCCAAGCGGGUCUCGUUUCCCUGCUGGACAGCCCGGCGCCUUCCCAUCUGGUGGAGAAAAUCAUCUACCACAGCAAGUACAAGCCAAAGAGGUUGGGCAACGACAUCGCCCUCAUGAAGCUGGCCGGGCCGCUCACCUUCAGCGACAUGAUCCAACCCGUGUGUCUGCCCAACUCUGAAGAGCACUUCCCUGAUGGAAGAGUGUGCUGGACCUCAGGCUGGGGGGCCACGGAGGACGGAGGUGACGCCUCGCCCGUCCUGAACCACGCGGCCGUGCCCUUGCUGUCCAACAAGCUCUGCAACCACAGGGAUGUGUACGGAGGCCUCAUCUCCCCGUCCAUGCUCUGCGCCGGCUACCUCAAGGGAGGGGUGGACAGUUGCCAGGGAGACAGUGGGGGGCCCCUGGUGUGUGAGGAGCGGAGGCUGUGGAAGCUGGUGGGCGCGACGAGCUUUGGCAUCGGCUGCGCCGACGUGAACAAGCCCGGGGUCUACACCCGCAUCACCUCCUUCCUGGACUGGAUCCACGAGCAGAUGGAGAGGGAUCUGAAGACGUGAGGAGGAG